AUGAAGGAUUUUGUGCGUCGGCAGCUCAUCCAGACUAUGACGCGUUGGGACUGUAGGGACAGUCAUCUUUGGAGAGCGAGCCCCAGACGCCUUUUGUUCCAAGUGCUGUCGCACGUGUCGGGUGUCCGCCUGUCGGCUCUUGAAAAGAAGGAACUGGCAGAGGCGCUGGAAAAUCUUGUUCGACACAAGCGACUGUUGCAGCAUGCGGCCGCGGCCGCUGGGCAGAGGCACAUCGAGCUGCACCUCUCGAAAGCGGACACAUCCUCUGAAUAUCAUGCCUGGGAGAGGCGCCUCUUGGCCCUUGAACUCUUGCCCUGGAAAUCCCAAUCCUCCGAGCAACCCGAACCCAUUCGCUUUUCCUUUCCUGAUUCCUUGUACUGCCGAAUCUCGACUCAGCUUGGGCACCGAAAAUGCCAGGAGUUUUGUGAAACAUCCAACGAAAUACCAUAUUGGUCGUUCCUGCGCCUCAAUACGACGCGCGGCCCAGGAAAUCCCGAAUAUCAACAAAUUUCUACAGAACUAGCAAGUCUGGGGUACAUGACCGAGCAGUGCAAGCAUAUUGACAAUUGUCUCCGAGUUUCAGGUGAUGGAAGAGUGCCUGUGCAGCAACUGGACCUGUACGUGAGGGGUCGGGCUGAAAUACAAGACGAAUCAUCGCAAGUUAUUGCCAGGCUGGUGGAUUGUGAGCCUGCCGGCACAGUGGUUGAUCUUUGUAGCGGGGCGGGGGGCAAGUCGCUGGCGAUUGCCACUCGCCUUGGUCGCGCUGGCCAUUUGGUGCUGCAUGAACCUCGGUCCCGUGCAUUGCAGCGUGCCAAGAGUCGCUUGGAAUGUUCGGGCUUGGAAACCGGGCCCUGCUACCACUUCGUGGACGCAGCGGAACUUGACACGUGGAAGGGAAAAGCUGACUGGGUUUUGGUAGAUGCUCCAUGCAGCAACACUGGCUCUUUGCGACAUCAUCCUGAAUGCAAGUACAGAUGCUUCGAGCACGAAGAGGACAAGCGAGAGUUCGCACGCCUCCUAGAGACGCAGCGGCAGCUUUUGAGGAAAGCUUGCGGCCUGUUGAAAGACGAUGGCAUGCUCGUUUAUGGCACAUGUUCUGCUUUGGUAGAGGAGAAUGAUUGCCAAGUGCUUUGGGCAACAAGUGCGGCUUCCCAACUACGACUGGCUACUGUUGUGACGCAUAGCUUCUUGCCCGAGAAGGGCGGCAGUGAUGGCUACUACGCGGCCGUCUUAAAGAAGCAACCUCGAUAA